AUGUCAGCAUCGCCAAAUUUAAUUGACACCCAACAGCACUCGAUUGUCCUAGACGAUACACCAUCGCCACCGCCGCCCAAACCGCCGCGUGGAGUCAUGCGCCAAAUGCCGCCGAUGAAGCCGCAGAGAAGCGCUCUCAAAAUCGAACCCCUUGAUGAAAAAGAAAAUGGGUCAGCAGAAUAUCGAAGUCAAUUUAAAGCCAAGGAAACCAUGGAUAAAAUGAUGUCAUAUUUUAAACGAAGUAUUGGAGUGAUUAGAAAUUCUGGCGAAUUCACCGGCGCCGAAGCGGCGAACAUUCUCGAAGUGUUCAUAUUGAAAAAUAAGGAAUGUUUUAAACGCGAAGACGUCGGACGCAAAAACGCCGUGCUUUUGCUUGACUUGUGGCGCGAGCAAAAUAUUAUCAAAAGUGUCGAUCCAAGCAUUCGCAAGUUUAUUGAUAGCGAACACGCUUAUUAUAUUUUAUCAGAUGAUGAUAGUAAUCAGAGAAAUUUCGCGAAACCAGCGCCAAUAACGAUUUGCAGAUAUUAUUGUGCUCCGUCGCCGAUUCGCGCUCACGAGGAGACACCGAGCCUUGUAAGCCGCUCGAGUGGCCGCAGCAACAGCUUCAAGCGGCUUUUCUCGCCGCUCGGCAACAUUCGCCGAAAUCGAUCGAAUUCGAGAGGAAGGAAGGAGGAGAAGGAGAAAGAGUCGAAUUCGACGUUCCUUCGAUCGACUUGGAGCUUGUUCACUAGCGAUAAGCAUGAGAAGAAAUCGAAGCAGAUUGCGACGCAGGCAAUUAAAGAAGAAGAAGCUCGGAUAUAUGAAUUAUCUCUACUGCACCUGCUAAACAUAAUUGAAGUUGAGUUUCUUGAAGAUUUCGCCCUUCCUGUCGAUGACUCAAAAAAAAAUGCGUCAUUCCUGAGCUCAAUACUUGAUAAAAUGAAAAUUGGUGGAAGUGAGGAGAGACUUGACUACCGGAAAGAGGAUGAAAUGGAUUUGCUCGUCGAGACGCAUCCGAUCAUAAGAGAGGCUUCGGCGUGGUUCCAAAUGGCGCGAUUAUGCGCGCCGACGCUCUAUCUGGAGCAGACGUCCGGCAAAAGUUCGGUGAUGCAAUUAUACCUUUGGUGUAAAGCGGCAUUGGCGGCGGUGUCGGCGAAACUCGAGAAAAUGACGCAAAACGGCGCGUCGCCGCUGAUACCCAACGAGUUUUCGGCGAUUCUCGGCAAAAUCGCCGAGCAAUUGAUCAAUAAUUUGGAUUCGGGCGAGAAGCUGAAUCUCGCCGUAUUGUACCUAUUCCUCAUGAUCCCCUCACCGUUGCGAUCGAUGAUUGAUAAUAUUGUGCAGUGGCUUCAGAUCACGAUGAGAACGAACGCGGUGGAGGAUCUCAGAAGUCCAUUCUAUCUCGGAAGAAAAGAGCCGAAAAAUAAGGAGAAUUGUCGAGUAAUUAUCGACGAGCUUCGAUCUUUCAUAUUCCCCCGUGGAUGCAUGACAAAUAAUCAGCAGGACAUUUUCAUUGAGACGCUUGUCGAGCUGCGAACAUCGGGAAGACUCGGAAAACUGACGCCGCAAUUGGAGGAGUCGCUGCGUGCCAAGUGCGUUCGCUCGCCGCCGAAAAGACGAUGGCGAAGCAGAAAAAGAAGCGCGCCGGAGAAUGUGACGCCUGUGCGGUUUGCGGUGCAGGGGAAAGGAUUGCGACCUGCCAAGCAGGAGACGAUGUAUGAAGGAUUGGACGAGACUGAAAAAGAGCUCGUGAAAAUGAUCGAGCUCGUCAUUGAGGAUAAGAAGAUGUCGCUUACGUUAAAACAGAAGCAGCUCGAAUCAUUUUCGAAGACCUACCCGAAAUUAUACCAGCGAUACUUUUCAAAUUUAUUAUAA